AAAAUUGCUCCAAACCACCAACUAAAACUCCAAUCUCCCCAGAACAAGUGAGGAAAAGUAAACAGAAGUAAACGUUAACCUGUGUGUUCGUGAGAUCCUAAACCCCUUUUUUCUAGCAGCAGGAGUUGCAGAAAAAUGGCGAAAAUCAUCACAAUCUUAACAAUUCUUCUUCUGAAUCUAACACAUUCUCUCUCAUUCUCACCAGAAAACCCUACAAAUCGUAGAAUUCUAGUUCUACUCGACGAUUUCGCCAUUAAGUCAUCUCACUCUCUCUUCUUCGAUUCCCUUCGUUCGCGUGGUUAUCAGCUCGAAUUCAAGCUCGCCGAUGAUUCUCAACUCGCUUUGCAGCGUUAUGGACAGUUUUUGUAUGACGGUCUCAUCAUCUUCGCUCCUUACAUCGAUCGUUUUGGAGGUUCGAUUAAUCAGGCUUCGGUGCUUGAAUUUGUUGAUUCUGGACGUGAUUUGAUUGUUGCGGUUGAUGUGAAUUCGUCUGAUUUGAUUCGCGAGAUUGCGACAGAAUGUGGUGUUGAAUUUGAGGAUGAUCCUGCGGCUAUGGCUAUAGAUCACACAAGCUAUGCGUUGUCAGAAUUUGAAGGUGACCAUACCCUGAUUGCCAGUGAUGACUUUAUCGGAUCAGAUGUCAUCUUAGGGACCAAGAAAAUUGAGGCUCCAGUUCUUUUUCAGGGGAUUGGUCAUUCAGUAAAUCCUUCUAACAGCCUCGUGUUGCAAGUUCUCUCCGCUUCACCAUCUGCCUAUUCCGCAAAUCCUAUGUCCAAGUUAUCUAGUGCCCCGACACUUACUGGACCCAGAAUAUCAUUAGUUUCAGUCGUGCAGGCAAGAAACAACGCUCGUGUUCUGAUCUCAGGCUCACUAAAACUUUUCAGUGACCGAUUUUUAAGAUCAGGAGUGCAAAAGGCUGGGAGCUCGACCAGAUAUGACAAAUCUGGCAAUGAGCAGUUUGUGACUGAACUUAGCAAAUGGAUUUUCCAUGAAAGAGGUCAUCUUAAGGCUGUAAAUGUAAGACACCACAAGGCUGGACAAACAGAUGAACCUGCACUAUACCGGAUCACUGAUGACCUGGAAUAUUCUGUUGAGAUUUAUGAAUGGUCUGGAGUGAGCUGGGAGCCAUAUGUAGCCAAUGAUGUUCAAGUACAAUUCUAUAUGAUGAGCCCGUAUGUGCUAAAGACGUUAUCAACUGAUGAAAAGGGUCUUUAUUACACUUCAUUCAAAGUGCCAGAUGCAUAUGGUGUUUUCCAGUUCAAGAUUGAGUACCAGAGGCUUGGAUAUACAAGCCUAUCUCUAGCGAAGCAGAUUCCUGUACGACAUUUCAGACACAAUGAAUUUGAGAGAUUUUUAACAGCAGCAUAUCCCUAUUAUGGAUCAUGUUUUUCAAUGAUGGUUGGCUUCUUCGCCUUUGCGCUUGUCCAUCUCUAUAGCAAGUAGAAGGAACAUGAUUGAUUUGGUUGGCAACUUUCAUCCAAAGUUCAUGUUCUUAUUUGUAGUCCUAGUACACAAAUUUUGCUAGUUAACUGUCAAUGAGAUUUUGAUAAAUUGAUAAUUGCCUCAUAUAUCAGUUUAUUCCUUUUAGAAUAGAUGAAUUUGCGGCAUUAGUUUGCUUGGAUUACCA